AUGUGGCAGACAGUUGGGGCCUGGAGGCAAAAGAGCCCCCAGGCCCACCAAGAUCUGAUCCAGAUCCAGAUCAGUGCUCUGCGAUUCGGACCGACUCUGCGAAGUAAGUUCACCAACAUCAGCGUAGAGUGCAGCAAAGACUACUGCUCCGGCAUCCGGGGAUGGUUGACCGCCAAAGGUGAGCUGAACCUGGACAUCCAUCUGAAUCGCACCUUGAGGAAUGGAUUGAGGACAACAAUUACGCUCCUGCAGCUGAUAGAUGGCAAGGAUCGGUACCAGACACUCUUCAGCUACGACAUGGACACCUGCAAGACGCUGCGGGAACUGCUGCAGUCCAGCUUGAUGAAGGUCUGGCUGCGGAACGUGUUCAAGUACGGGAAUCUGGCCGACCGGUGUCCCAUCCAGCCAGCCAGCUACGAUGUGCGCAACUUUCAGCUGGAGAACCACAGCAUUCCGGGGUAUUUGCCAGCGGGAUUCUACCGCCUCCACGACACAAAUUACUACGGAAAGCCCAAGGGCAGGCAGCGCCGUCCGGUGGCCACUUUCAUACUGGAUAUAAAGUUCUAUUAA